AUGUACUACGUCCUCUACCUAAGCAGCCUCUGCAAACGCCGCCACUGGCCCGACCCUCUCUACUCCUCCUACAAAACCACAACCACAACAACGACUCCCUCGCCCACCGGCGCAAGCACCGGCCCCAACACCAGCAGCAACGCAGGCUACACCUGCACCGUUCGCGUCAAUAACCGCGAAUACCAAACCGACACGAUCUGCGAAUCCGAGCCCCUAGCCCGCGAAAACGCCGCCAUGCGCGCGUACCUUAUCUGUCGCAAUUUCUCCGUCAAUGAUGGCAUGUACCCCGCGGGCCAUGAUCAUGGGGGCGUUGUGCAAGGGGUGCCCGUUGCGAUUGGGACGGGGAGGAAGGGGCGGUUUCAGUAUGGGGAGGAUAAUGGGGGGUUUGGGGAGGUUUAUGCUGGGUAUGGAGGAGCGGGGAGGGUUGGGAGUGAAAGUGGUGCGAGUAGUGGGAGUGGAGGGGUUUCGCCGUGA